AUGAAGUUCAAGACAAACUUUUCGAAGGAAAGUGUUCAGAAGCUUGGCAAUGUGCCCUACGUCCAUUGGUCAGGAGCUGAAGAGAUCUACUCCUGCUCAACUGAUCGGAAUUUGUUGAAAUGGACAGCAAAUACGCGCGAGAGUGUACAGGUGGCAUCACUUCCGGAGGACUUUCACCCAACGGACUUGCAUUUGCUCGUGCUGAAGGCCAAUGUGGGUGGGCAUGGGGGGAAGAGUGCUGACUCCUUGCUCAUUGCCAGCAAUGAUGGGAGAUUUAUCAUUAUCAACAAGAACGCAAGGCUGGAGAGGACAAUUUCGGCUCACACGGGGGCUAUUACGGUGGCCCGAUGGAGCCCUGAUGGGUCAGCAUUGCUAACAGCUGGUGAGGAUGGGAUUGUGAAGAUUUGGUCCCGAACUGGGAUGCUUCGGUCGACUGUUAUUCAAAAUGAGGGACCUAUUCGAUGCGCCAGGUGGUCCCCUAAUUCAACUGCAAUCACCUACACUCAGGGCAGCUUGAUGGCUAUCAAACCACUUGUUGCCAAUAGCAAGAUGAGCAAAUGGAAGGCGCAUGAUGGGCUCGUGCUCUGUGUUGCGUGGGCCAAUCAUUCGAAUCUCCUUGUGUCUGGUGGUGAGGAUUGUCGCUACAAAGUGUGGGAUGUACAAGGAUCGAAUCUCUACACGAGCUUUCCAGAUGAAAAUCCCAUCACGUCCAUUGAUAUAAGCCCAGAAGGGGAUCUUCUUGCCAUUGGGGGAUUCAAUAUGCUGAAGUUGUGUCACUAUUCGGGGUGGAGCUACAGCACCUGUCGCUUUCCGCAGAAUGUUGGUUCACUUUAUGGCCUCAAUUGGUCCCCAGAUGGAACACAAAUUGUUGCAGGAUGUGGCAAUGGGGCGUUGCUCUUUGGGCACAUCAUUGACCGCCAGUUGAUGAGCCGUAAUCUCAAAGCAACUGCAGUUGGAAGGAGAACCAUUAUCCUGCAGGAUAUUCUUACCAAGACAAGCGAUACUCUUGAAUUUUCCGAUCGAGUUAUCCGCAUGGCGCUUGGCUAUGGGCAUCUGCUCGUCACGACGCCCAAUCAAUUGCAUAUCUUCAAUGAGAACUACAUCAACACUCCUGUUAUUGUGGAUGGACGCACGGACGUUCAUAUUCUCUCAUUGGGAGUCAAGAAUUUCGUUGCUGUGGAUGUGUCAGCAAUUUACAUUUAUACCUACACGGGGCGAUUGCAUUUGACCCCAAAAUUCCCUGGGUCAUCCACACAGAUGCCAAAUUUAACGGAAAAAUGCAUUUCCUUGGGAGCAAAUGUCCUCGCGGUGAGAGAUUUUGCCGAUCAAACUGUGAUCUACAUCUUUGAUCUCUUGCCCGGAGCUACGAGGCAGGAUGAGGCAUCGGUGAUUCGCAGCAAGAGCCCCAUUACGGAAAUAUCUGUUUGUCGUUCGGGCGGAAUGGAUAACCAAUACCUCGUAUUCAUUGAUACCCACAGAGAUUUGUACAUUGCAUCCCUGAGGAGUGGCGCUGAGAAUUUCCCCAUUCACAAGAUUGGCACACAGGUGCUUUCUGUGAUGUGGGGCAGUGAUGCGAAUAUCCUCGUUGGACUACAUGAUGCCUGCUACACAAUUUGGUACUGCCCCGGGGAGGCGUGUACUGAUCCCACCCUCAUUGGGCUCACAACCCUCACGUACGACUCGACGGAAUUCGGGAAGAGCGUCACACUGGAGUCCUUUGAAGGAUGCCAAAUUGGCCUAAAGAGCUCUGGGGCACUCUUUACAAUCUCCGUGAAGAUUUACUGCAACCUCCUGCAUAAAUUCGUUCAAGAUAGCCUCUGGAGUCAGGCUAUUAAGGUUUGUCGACUGGGGCAGACUCCUGUCCUUUGGGCCACCCUUGCUGCAAUGGCAACGAAGAAGAAUCAACUGCGAAUUAGCGAAGAAGCCUACGCUCGUGCUCUGCAAAUUGAUAAAAUUCACUAUUUGCAACAUAUUGAGAAUCUUCCAGCAUCAUGUGCUGAACAAAUGGCGGAACAUUCAAUUCUAAAUGGUCGUCAAACUGAAGCUGAAAUCUGCUUGUUGCACAAUAAGAAGAUUGACGAAGCGAUUGCACUGUGCAUCAGGAUGCAUAACUGGAGUAGAGCCCUGGAAAUAGCUGAGAAGCAUCAAACAAAUCUAGAUUUUGUUCUUAAAGAACGCCAAAAGUAUCUCAAGGCACUCAAUAAGAGUGAAAUGGAUCCAAAAUUUCUCUCAAUUAAAUAAAACACAAAAAUUUUACUUUUUACUCACAUAAUUUACUAAAAUAAAAUGAAUAUAAACUAUUUUAUGUAUUUUUUGUAAACUUAAUCAAUGGCAUAAUAUUGGUAAUUAAUUUAGAACACAAUAAAUAUUUUUAAAAU